GGUCAGUAAUGUAUAUUAACUAACCUGUCCAGCCCCGCGAGUAAACAACACGUCUUUGCAUCCAUUCGCCAUGUGAAGAUAUGCAGAUUACCCCUGCUAACUGCUAAUUGCUAAACAACGAGCAACGUGCGUCGGAUAUGGCGACUUACUAAAGCGAUGUUGACGUAUAUAUAUUGCGACACAGGGGUUGGCUUGGCAACGAAGGUAGCAGACAGCACCGGAGACUGAGCGUUGUGUUUUGAGCAAGCAGACAUGAUCGAUUCCGCUCUAAGUUCUUUGGGUGCCACAGUUGUCGUCGCUACAUCCAGCGAUGAGAAUCACCCACCAGAAAACAUCACUGACGGAAACACUAAGACUUUUUGGAUGUCCACCGGGAUGUUUCCUCAAGAGUUCAUCAUUCGCUUUGCUGAACCCUCGAAGAUUUCUACUGUGACAGUGGACAGCUACAAUGAUUGUGCACUGAAAACAAUCUGGUGUUUGUACCCUGCCUCUGUACAUGGGGAAACAAAGAAAGUGGCUUGGACUGAGCCACACAACACAAUUUCAGCCAUGAUUUGUCUGUCAGUCAAGCAUCUAAAGAUAGAAAAGAAUACAUCGCCAAAUACUUCUCAAUUUGAGUUUGUUACAGAGAAAGAAUUUGAACAUACGGAGGGACAUCUUCAGUCAAAUGCUUUUUUGCUAAAUGGAAGCAGUGCAAACCACCUUCGUUUUAUCAUCUCCUCAGGAUAUGAUCACUUUGUCUCAGUGCAUAGAAUCAGCGUACAACAUUUACAUACUUGAUUGUUGUGAAUUAAAGCCUCUGGGUGUAUUUUA